CUCGGCGCGCUCGGAGGAAGGGGAGACCCGGGGCGGGGUGGCUGGUGCUGCUGCUGUUUCUGCUGGAGCAAGGCAGGGGAAGUCUUUGCAGGGCUGUUGUGCCUCGCGCGCACCUGGGCAGCGGUUGUGUGUCCCCCCCCCCCCGCCAUUUGCACUUAAAACUGCAGAACCUCCGAAAUCCGCGAUGCUGAAAAGCUGCGGGAAGAAGCUUCUUGUGUCCCUGGUGGGCUCCAUGCUCACCUGCUUCUUGGUGCUGGUGGUGGACCAGCAGAAGGGGCAGGUGCUGAGCCUGGGGGGCGGCGGCGCCGGCCUCCUCCUGCAGCCCUUCGAGGGCUCCCGCGGCGACGCGCCGGGCUUGCGAGCUGCAUUGCCCGCGGGGCAGAGCCACCGCGAUGUGCGGAGCUUCAGCGCGUACUUCUCGAAGCUUGCUCGGGGGAAGGCGGAUGCUGCCUCGGCGGUGGGAGGCGGCCCGGAGGAAGGGAAGGCGGCCAGGCCGCAGCUGGAGAACAUUUCGCCCCAGGAUGUCUUCAUCGCCGUCAAGACCACCAAGAAGUUCCACAAGUCGAGGCUGGAACUGCUGCUGGAUACGUGGAUCUCGCGCAACAAGGAUAUGACAUUUAUCUUCACGGAUGGUGAGGACGAAGAACUGAAGAAGAGGACAGGGAACGUCAUCAACACCAAUUGCUCCGCCGCCCACAGCCGCCAAGCCCUGUCCUGCAAGAUGGCCGUGGAAUAUGACAAGUUCAUCGAAUCUGGGAGAAAGUGGUUUUGCCACAUGGACGAUGACAACUAUGUCAAUGUUCGAGCGCUGAUCAAACUGCUCUCCAGUUACCCCCACACGCAAGACAUCUACAUUGGAAAACCAAGCCUGGAUAGACCCAUCCAGGCCACGGAGAGGAUUAGCGAGAACAAGAUGCAUCCGGUCCACUUCUGGUUUGCCACAGGCGGCGCUGGUUUCUGCAUCAGCCGUGGACUGGCGCUAAAGAUGAGCCCUUGGGCGAGCGGAGGACACUUCAUGAGCACCGCAGAAAAGAUCCGUCUCCCGGACGACUGCACCAUCGGCUACAUCAUAGAAUCUGUGCUGGGGGUGAAGCUGAUCCGGAGUAAUCUCUUCCAUUCCCAUUUAGAGAACCUCCACCAGGUGCCCAAGACAGAGAUUCACGUUCAGGUGACCCUGAGCUAUGGAAUGUUUGAAAACAAGAGGAACUCCAUCCAUAUCAAGGGAGCUUUCUCAGUGGAGGAGGAUCCGUCCAGGUUCCGUACUGUCCACUGUAUGCUGUAUCCGGACACUCCUUGGUGCCCUCGCAAUGCAGUUUACUAAGAGACAAGGUGUCCCCUUCGUAACCUCGUCCCGAGUUUUCCCGGUAUCCGAAGAGCUCGUGGGACCUGUGCAUUUGUGUGUGUGUGUGUUUCCUUUGCUGUGAGGCUGUUGGCGCUUAAUUACUGUGGUUAAUUCACAGUGUGCGUGUGUUUUAUAGGCUGCUGUGCGGCCCCUUCUUCUCUCAUCCGGCCCUGAGAUGCUGAGAUAUUUUUGGGCUCCCCCUGCUAUUUGCCCCUAUUGAUGGGGCAAGCGGGUUUUACUCUGGGCAGAAGGAACUGCCCUUAACAACCCUCAUUUUUUAGGUGAGUGGUUCUGGCUGUUUGUACAGGUGUAAAAUGACCGAAAACCCGCACCUUGAACAACUAGCCUGGGCAUUUCUGAAUAUUGCUUUGCAGUGUUCUUGUAGGGUUACUGCUGGGUCCCCCCGUCCCCCUCCCCCCGCUCCCUUGCUGCUGAAUUUGUAAAAGCAGUGUUGGAAUGAAUGAACAAAAACACAGGGUACAAUUCAGCCCAGAGUUAAAGCACUAAA